CGCACUUACAUAUGAAAGUAGUCAGAGUUCAUUUCACAGCCACUAAAGUCCAGGACAGAGUUCCCGUUUGGCUGAGGAGAACGGUGGGUUCAGACUGGAGUGGACAGUAUGAGUCUGAAGCUGGACAAAGAGGAGGAGGGAGCAGAGCUACCCCAUGAUGUGUCCAUGAGGGACCCUCCAGGGGGCGGUACUGACCCCCCUGGUUCACAUCUCCAGGUGGACAGACUCAGAUCAGGGUUUGCAGCGUCUGCUUGUCUGUCUGUGAACAGUGACAUGUCUAACGUUCAACCUCCAAACUUCAGCCCUGAACCUGGACCUUCAGAAACUGAACUCAGAUCAGGGUUUGCAGCGUCCGCUUGUCUGUCUGUGAACAGUGACAUGUCUAACGUUCAACCUCCAAACUUCAGCCCUGAACCUGGACCUUCAGAAACUGAACGGAGGAAGAGGAGUCCUGGUCCUGAACUGGACCCACAGUCCUGUUGUUUGUGUCAGAAGGUCCUGAGUGAUCCCGUCCAGACCAGCUGUGGACACUUGUUCUGCAGACAGUGCAUCACUUCAUACUGGGGCCAGUCUGGUCCAUCAGGAGACUCCACCUGUCCCCAGUGUGGAAAGAGAUCCAGAACCAGAAUUGGACCACAUAUGGACAGCACUGCACGAAAUGAACAUAAGCUCAGUCUGAGGAGCAGAUUUGAAUGUGUGACUGAAGGAACCGAUGAAACAGGAAGUAGAACCCAUCUGAACCGGAUCUACACUGAGCUCUACAUCACAGAGGGACAGAGUGAAGACGUUAAUACCCAACAUGAAGUGAGGACGCUGGAGACGGUUUACAAGAAUAUCCCCCAAGACACUCCCAUCAGGUGUCAGGACAUCUUCAAAGCCCUACCCGACCAACAGAAACCCAUCAGAGUUGUUCUGACCAACGGUGUCGCUGGAGUUGGAAAAACCCUCUCGGUGCUGAAGUUCACUCUGGACUGGGCUGAGGGUUUAGAAAACCAGGACAUCAGUCUGGUGGUUCUGCUGUCCUUCAGAGAGCUGAACCUGGUCACAGAUGAGCAGUACAGUCUGCUGACGCUGCUCCAUGUUUUCCAUCCAACGUUACAGAAGGUCACAGCCGAGCAGAUCAACGUCUGCAAACUUAUGUUCAUCUUCGACGGCCUGGAUGAAAGCAGACUGUCACUGGACUUCCACGACUGUGAGGUGGUUUCAGAUGUCACCCAGAAGAAACCAGUCAACGUCCUGUUGACCAACCUCAUCAAGGGGAACCUGCUUCCAUCAGCUCUCAUCUGGAUAACUUCCAGACCUGCAGCAGCCAAUCAGAUCCCUCCUUCAUGUGUCGACAGGGUAACAGAGGUCCGAGGCUUCGCCACUGACGACCAGAAGGAGGAGUACUUCAAGAAGAGAUCCACUGAUGAAGAUCUGUCCAACAAAAUCAUCUCACACAUCAAGAAAUCCAAAACGCUCCAUAUCAUGUGUCAGAUCCCAGUCUUCUGCUGGAUCAUUUCUACGGUUCUGAAGCACAUGUUGACUUCAAACCAAAGAGGAGAGCUGCCCAAGACCCUGACGGACCUGUACUCACACUUCAUCACAGUCCAGACAAAGAGAAAGAAGAACAAGUAUGAAAAAGGACUUGAGGCAGAGCUGACAGAGGCUGACAGGGAGGUUCUUCUGAAGUUGGGGAGGUUGGCGUUUGAACAUCUGGAGAAAGGAAAGAUUAUGUUCUACCACGAAGACCUGGAGCAGUGUGGUCUGGACGUCACACAGGCCUUGGUUUACUCAGGACUCUGUACAGAGAUCCUCAGAAAAGAGAGUGUGAUCUUCCAGAAAACCAUCUACAGCUUUGUUCAUCUGAGUUUUCAGGAGUUUCUGGCUGCAGUCUACAUCUACCACUGUUACACCAGCAACCACACAGAAGUUCUGGAGAGGUUUCUGGGAGACUGGAACCAUAAUUCAACACUUGAUGAGUUCCUGAGAAAAACCAUGGAAAAAUCUCUCCAAUGUGAAAACGGUCACCUGGAUCUGUUUGUCCGGUUCCUUCAUGGCCUCUGUCUGGAGUCCAACCAGAGAGUUUUAGGAGGUCUGCUGGGUCCAACAGAGAUCAGUCCAGAGACAAUACAGACCAUCACCAACAACCUGAAGAAGAUGAACAUUGAUUACAUCAAUCCUGACAGAAAUGUAAACAUCUUCCACUGCCUGAUGGAGAUGAACGACCACUCAGUCCAUCAGGAAAUCCAAGAGUUCCUGAAGUCAGAGAACAGAUCAAAGAAGAAACUGUCUGAGAUCCAGUGUUCAGCUCUGGCCUACAUGCUGCAGAUGUCAGAGAAGGUUCUGGAUGAGUUGGACCUGAAGAAGUACAACACAUCAGAUGAAGGACGACUGAGACUAAUCCCAGCUGUGAGGAACUGCAGAAAGGCUCGAUUUUCUGGCUGUGGACUUUCAGAGACUCACUGUGAAGUCGUGGCUUCAGCUCUGAAGUCCAGCCCCUCCCAUCUCACAGAACUAGACCUAAGAAACAACAGCGACCUGAAAGAUUCAGGGAUGAAGAUUCUUUGUUCUGGACUGAAGAAUCCAAACUGCAGACUGCAGACUCUGAGUCUGAACUGGAGUGGGUUCUCAGAGAUCAGCUGUUCUUUUCUGGCCUCGGCUCUGGAGUCCAACCUGUCUCAUCUGAUGAACCUGGACCUCAGCAACAAUGACCUGAAGGAUUCAGGACUGGAGACCCUUUGUUCUGGUCUGAAGAGUCCAAACUGCAGACUGCAGACUCUGAGACUGAGGUGCUGCAGGUUCUCACAUAUCAGCUGUUCUUUUCUGGCAUCACUUCUGGAGUCCAGUCCUGGACAUCUCAUAGAACUGGACCUCAGCAUCAACUUUGGUCUGAAGGAUUCAGGAGUGGACAGUCUCUGUUCUGGACUGAAGAGUCCAAAGUGCAGACUGGAGACUCUCAGGCUGAGUUCCUGCUGUUUGUCGAAGAUCAGCUGUUGUUCUCUGACCUCCGCUCUGGAGUCCAACCCCUCCCAUCUGAUCAACCUGGAUUUGACCAAAAACAACCUGAAGUGUUCAGAUGUGAAGGAGCUGGAGGACCUGGUCCAGAGUCCAGGUUGUGCUCUGCGGACUCUGAGAUGGAGGUUGUGAUCUGGUCACAGUGAUCUGGACUGGAUAAGGACCAGCUGGAUCCUGAUGGUCUCCACAUGUUAAAGUAGCAACAGCACCUGUUAUGAAGGCGGAGUCUGGACCACAUCCCUGAUCUGAGACCAUCUGCACCAUCAGAGAAAGAGGAAGGGACAGACCGGACACCUGUCCCUGUGGUGCAUCAUCCAUCUGAGCUAAACUGUCCCCAUAUUUAUAAUUAUUAUUAUUAUCAUAUUUAUUAUUUGUAAAUGUGUUCCAAACACAAGUGUGUAAUGUCAUUUUUUCCAUCGGACAUCUGCGCAAAACU